AUGCAAGGGGAAAAUAAUAUAGGAAAAUUAAAUAUUGUUGGUUUAAUAUCAGGGGGAAAGGACAGCAUACAAAAUUUGGUGUACUGUUCUGAACAUGGUCAUGAUAUUAUUGUAUUAGCUCACCUUAUACCGUAUGAGAAUCAAAAUGAGACUGAUAGUUUUAUGUAUCAAAGUGUUGGGUUUGAACUUAUUCCUGAAAUUGCCAAGUGUAUGGAAAAGCCUUUAAUUCAGCAUCAAAUUAAAAGAAAGGCAGUAAAUCUGGACUUGGAUUAUGUAUAUAAUUCUAAUGACGAGGUUGAAGACUUGCAUGAAUUGCUACUAGAAGUUAAGACUAAAUACCCUCAAGUAGAUGCAGUAUCCUGUGGAGCUAUUCAAUCGAAUUACCAAAAAAGGCGCCUUGAGCAUGUAUGUCAAAGACUAAAUUUUCAAAUUGUAGCUUACUUGUGGGAAAGGAAUCAGGUGGAAGUGUUACAAAAUAUGAUUAGUGGUGGACUGGAGGCCAUAAUUGUUAAAAUAGCGGCUUACGGCUUAACUAAGGAACACAUAGGAAAAACUAUAAAAGAAAUAUACAACUAUCUCGAAAUGAUGAGUGAGAAAUAUGGUUUGAGUAUAUGUGGUGAAGGGGGAGAAUAUGAAACAUGUACCUUGGAUUGCUCACUAUACAAGCACAAAAUUGUAAUAGAGGAAUAUGAUAUAAUUCAGCACACAAAUGAUAUGGUAUGCCCCGUUUUUUUAUUUAAGCCUUUGAAGUGGAGACUUGAAAAGAAAAAAGAUCCCUGA